ACGUUUGCUUAAUUUGAUAUUACAGGAAGCCAUAGUAGAUAUUUUAACAUUAUAUUUCAAUUUGAUAUUGGUUUCUAUUCAAUUAUUCAAUGAAAUGUCAUUGGAUAAUAUGAUGGCAAUAUUUCAGUACAUCUUCCACUCGUACUGUCGUUCACGCGCACAGUUAUCAAUCAACUGUGUGUGAGCAAUUUAGAAAAGUUUAACAGAUACUUACAGUUAUGUCGCGCUGGAGAAUUCUUUGCAAUUUCUUGAUGGUUCUUUUUAACAUAGAAUUUCAAUCAACAUACGCAAUGGAGACUAGUGGUAAUUUUGAACGCAAAUAUUGUUAUCAAGGCGACAUGGGAGACAUUACUUGUCAAGUCCUGAUGAAAAAAGAUAUCACCGACGGGGAAGAAAGUGCGUGGCCUCCCGGACCAUAUCUUAUACCGAUGUCUAUUUACGGUUGUCCAGAAUCUUACAACCACGGUUGGAGAAAGGGAUAUAUUUCAGUUUCAUGGACCAAGUCCUUGAGAUUUUCUAUUGUCAAUGGUUACCAUGGAACAAAUAGUACAAAUUACACUGAGCAAAUUAAGGUGUAUAAAUUUACUGAAUGGCCAAGCCAUCAAACUAUCACAUUAGGCCCAUACACUAAGGUAGGUAUGAAAUUAAACUUUUGCUUUAAACAGAGGAACAAUUCUGUUUUGGAUAAAGGAGUUUGGCCUAUUGGUACGUACGGGAUUUACGCGAAGGAGCAGGACUGUCCAAAUGGUAAGAUAUCGUUUCAUCACACAUAAAUUAGCUAAAUGAUAUUUUAUGAUUAUUACUAUUUUUUUUUUUUUUGCAAGAUAUACAGUCAACUGUUAUUGCAGCACUUUCUUCUGUACUUACGUUGGGUAUUUAUUUGAUAUCAAGCAAAAUGUAAAAAUCUUAUAUUAUAUCAUUUUUCUCACUCAGGACACUCGUGUAAUACAAGAUACACACUUGUUUUAUUUAGUGAUUUAUUCUUCGGUAUCUUAGUCUAAAAUGUAUUUCAGAGCACAUUUGACAACAUUUAGCGAUGUUAUUUACAAUAAACAUUUGUAAAGAAAAAUAAUACGAAAUUGUAGUUAACGCAAUAAAAAAAGUUUGAAAGAAGAGCAAAAAUUUAUUGUUCAUUAAAUAUCACAUGGUAGCGCAAUAUAAGUGUUGCAUUGUUUUAUCCGUUUCAAUUAGAUAGGUCUUCAUUAUUUCGUCGUAUUUUAUGUUGUUACAUUAAGGGUUUAGUGAAGUCACGAAGAACAUAAGUUUACCUUCUAUAACAAGCUGGACUUCGGACGGAUUUGUACCCAGUUUUCUGAUAUACAGAUUGAACGAUUCGGCCAGACUUCAAGUAACGAUAUGCACACGAAACAAAGAAGUUUCUGAUCAGAUUGCCAACGCAUCAUCAUUUUCAAAGACACCAUUUGUGUUGCUAAGGAUCGGAGAAAACAAUUGUCGAAUAAAAAUGAAAACCUACCAACAUUUGAUGGAGGAAACGAUCGUUUUGAAUGUGACUCAAAACAGUGAUGAAGAAUCUGUUUUUGUUGUCCAGGAGAACUGCUUCAUAUCACCAAAAAGGGAGCAGCAGACGCAGACAAACGACAAAGUUGAACAAGGUUUCUAUAUCAUCACCAAAAAUGUAGUAAGUGGGCAAACAUCUGCUAUGUCGGAGCAUGAUGAUUCAGCGUUCAAAUCUUCUAAUAAUGUAGAAUACUUCUUGCAAAGAAUUAUGAUGAAAAAACAACCUAAAGUUGUUCCAUGGGUUUUGAUAGAUCUUGCUGCAAGUAUUUCUGUGUCAGGCCUCCAAAUACCUUUCCAAAAGGAUUUAUCCCCACAGAUAGAAUGCUUUAUAUCACAUGAGAAAUGGGCGUUCCUGUAUUUCGCAGCACUAUCAUGUCUACAUAAGUUAAAUUAUCAAUCUCAAAGUGGAUACAUCAAUACACGAUUUCAAAGAGAAAUAGAAGGACGGUAUAUUGCUCUUGUCGGAGCAAAGAACGACAAUGAAGAUACAUUCUUCCAUAUGGAUGACAUAGCACCUUUUCGUGUCGUUACACAACGGUUAUAUCAAGAUGACGGUAGAUGUAAUAUGUAUCUGGGAAUGUCUGACGGUUCUAUCACAGGCGGUCAGAUACUGGUAUCUUCACAGCAGCAACAUUAUCCGGCAUCUGGUAUCCGUCCCUACAGACAAGGCUGGUGUGCAUCUGUUAAUGACACUAAACCUACAGUAACAGUUGAUCUUCUUGAUUCCCUGCAAGUGGAAGGUUUGAUUGUAUGGAACUGGAAGGAGAAAUUACAAGAACAAACAACAGUUAUUGAGAGGCUUUAUUUACUAGGUGUCCGCCAUUUUGUGAUUUAUCAUGGUGACGAACUCUAUAAUCUUACUAAAUACAAUGUCGAUUUUCAUUUUGAUAAUGCACGUGCAUAUGAUGAAGAGCAGUCAUUUUUGUUCAAAACUCGUGUAAAGGCGCGUUUUAUUCAAAUACGCAUUCUGGAGCCAUUUUAUGAAGGUCUAAACUGUAUCCGGUUCGAGUUACUGGGAUGUCCAUCGUCUGGGUUAUUCCGCAACCCCAUUCUACAAACGUUUACGCCGCAGAAAUCUGUUGUCACCGUGGUGCAGACAAUUACAGCAGAAACUAUCAUCAACAAUAUUGGCAAUCAUGUGUACAAGGCUGGUCAGACAUAUUGCUGGAUCGUCCGGUUCACAAACUUUGUUAAAGUCAUUCUAACACAUUUGUCUCUAAAUGAAUAUAAGGAACAGUUGUGCAGGGACAGUAUAUAUUUGUCAAGCAAUAUUGGUGGAAAUAAACAAUCAGUGCGCACAAUUGAUAAUACAUUAAAUGGAAUAAAAGUUGGUAUUGAAACAAGCACAAGACAGCUUGUUAUAACAUUUGAUACUUGUUUAGCCACCUCGAUGCAGCUUAAACAAGGGUCAGGAUUUCAAGCUAUACUCUCAAGUCAAGAUACUCCCGCUUGUUUUCAACUGGACUCUGAAGUCGAGUGGAAUAAUGGUAGACGGGAAAACUGCAAGGAACCCUCAAUGACAAUAACUUCAAUGUCAUUUCUAGGACUUCCUUUUCGAGAAACAACUGAAAUAUGGACUAUUCAUGUGCCAUUCAAAAUAAUACAUUUUCAUAUUAUAGAAUUCCAAGUCGCAUGCAAUGAGCACGGUUCAAAGUUUACAAUCAAAGAUGCUAUGGAUGUAAACACUUACUGCAAUGUAAAAAGGCCGCCAAACUUUAUAUUCUCGGCUUCAGACACAUUGAUUGUCUCGUUCUACAAAGCUACAGAUCCUCAUAUGAUGUAUACAGAGGGCUUCCGAGCCAGCUACGAUACAUCAACAGUAUCAGUUGAUGAACAUAUCGAUUAUGAAACGCCUCGAUCUGAACUUAGAAAUGUGGCAAUAGGUAGACCAUCUAUAAUGUCAAGUUUCUACUUACUACCAGCCAGUUUGUCGAAUGAUGGUGUAAUACACCCAGAUUCCUGGUCCUGGACUUGUUCUAACACAGACCUAGAGUUUGAACCUUGGUGGAUGAUUGACCUUGAAGAUAUUUAUAAACUGAACCGAGUUAUUGUAAAUAACAGACGCGACUGCGUAGGAUGUGCUCUUCGUACUGAAAAUGUAGAAGUUUCUGUUGGUUUAACGAUGUCAUCAAUGAUAGUAACAGGGUAUCACUGUGGGAUACUGAAAACUACAAAGAUAUUUCCUCAGUUUGGAGCAAAAGCACGAUAUGUGAAAGUUCAGUUGAAAAAUGUGAAAAGAUACAUGAACUUAUGUGAAGUAGAAGUAUAUGGCAUAUUAGAUAUUACUUCGGAUCAUCACAAUACCAAUAAGUUUUCAGCCCCAGAGCCAGUGCAUGGUAACUGGGGAAUCUGGGGUGAAUGGUCCGAGGUGUGCACACCAAACAAACAACAACGUCGAAAACGUCAUUGCAACAACCCUUCUCCAAAUUUCCGUGGAAACUUCUGUCAAGGAAAUGAUACGUCAUAUCGUAAAUGCUCUUCGUCACAUAAAUUUCAAGAAAACAUACUCAUCGAUAAGCACAUGACCUCUUCAGGCAAAAACAACUCCACCAAUACCUCUUGCUAUAUAACUUCAUUUGAAGAUUAUCCAUGGAUUCAGAUAGACCUCUUUGACCAGUAUCACAUGCAUGAGUUAACGAUCGACAAUAACAUCGAAGUCACCAAUUUGGCAAUAUUAUGUGGUAAAACAACAUGUACCAUGGAAGAAGAAUAUUAUACCAAAUGUGGCGGAAUAUUGACAAACGUUUUAGACCUUACUGGUAUCACUGCAAGAUUCAUCAAACUCCAAGUAAUGCAAGAAUUCACGUCUUUGCGUGUUUGUGGACUUAAGUUGUCUGGACAACUAGGCAAGUAUUAA